UAAUUAUCGAUAUCCUUUCCAUCAAUUUUUUCCUAACCUCAAUCUAAUGUUUACAUUUUGAAUCAUAAUGUUUAAAAUUAAAUUUUGUGGAAAUCUUGCUCAAAAAUAUCUAGUUUCGCCCUUACUGAGUACGAGAAUCAUUCAGACAACAAACUCCCAAAAACCUAAAACAUUUAGUUCUUUGCCAGACAGUGAAAAUGAUUACAACAAACCAAAACAACAUUUCAAAAGCAUGCCCCCAAAUCCAGUCAAAUCCUGGAAACCAAUCGAAUCUGAACAAGAAUAUCUGGUAAAAAUUAAAAACGAUCCUGAUACUUUCGGCAAUGACACCGAUACACUUAUAGAAUAUCCAGACAAAGGUGACAUUUUGGAAGAGAAAUUUUUCACUGAGCAACCCAAGCCCGGUCAAAGACUGAGCACCAAAAAAUAUGCUGAUUUAAUAAAAACUUACAUCAGGCAACGUAAAAUAAAAGAAGCCAUAGACGUGUUAGAAGUAAGAAUGUUAAAAGAAGACAGAGUCAAGCCUGAAAAUUACAUUUACAAUCUACUAUUGGGUGCCUGUGGAAGAGUUGGAUACACUAAAAAAGCCUUUAUGCUUUAUAACAAUAUGAAAAAAAGAGGGCUUCAAGUUCACCCAGGUACUUACACAGCACUAUUUAAUGCUUGUGCCAAUAGUCCUUGGCCCUUAACUGAUGGCCUUACAAGAGCAAAACAUUUAUACGAUAUUAUGAUAGAAAAAAGCCAUCAACCAAAUGACACAAAUUACAAUGCAAUGAUAAAAGCAUUUGGUAGAUGUGGCGACUUACCUAUGGCAUUUUCAUUAGUGGACGAAAUGGCACAGAAAGGAUUCCCUAUUAAAAAUGACACAAUUAAUUUUCUAUUGCAAGCCUGUGUGAGUGAUAAAGACACUGGAUUUAGGCAUUCUUUACUUGUAUGGAGAAAGUUAAUUGAAAAAAACAUUAAACCUGAUAUUUUUACUUUUAAUUUGCUACUAAGAUGUGUAAGAGAUUGUGGAUUAGGCAACAUUGAAGCUACCAAAGAAGUUAUCGAGAAAAUAGUUUGUCCAGAAAGUAAUAGAUUAUAUUUGAGCCAAGGCGAAGAGUUGGAGAAUGUACAAAAAGACUUAUCAGUAGAUUUGAGGCCAAAUUUGUUAGCCAAACAGGCACAUUUAGGCAACAUACUUUCUCUAUCAGAAAUCAGUAAACCUGAAGACAAGCUUUUAUUGGUUGGAGGUUGUAAAGGGUUUCUUGAAACAAUGUCUCAACACAAAUGUAUUCCAGAUAUUAAAACUUUUACACAAUUGUUGAAUAGUUUACCAAGCACACAAGCUGCUGAAAAAGAGUUAAUUGCAGCCAUGAAAAAAGCAAAUGUUGUAGCUGAUAUUGAUUUUUAUAAUAUGCUUAUCAAAAAAAAGAGUUUAAGGUCUGAUUACAAAGGUGCUAGAGAAGUGUUAGCCUUGAUGGAAAAUAAUGGGAUGCGUCCAGAUUUAAUCACUUAUGGUGUGCUGGCUAUAGGAUGUAAAACCAAAGAAGAAGCCCUAGAUUUAGUUGAUCAAAUGAAGUCUUCAGCUUAUACGUUAAAUGCAGUUAUAUUAGGAGCAAUGCUUCAACAAGCCUGCUACCACCAAGCAUUCGACUACAUCAAUGAAAUUAUGCAACUAUGCCUCAGAGACAACGUCCCAGUCAAUAAAAAAUUCCUGGAGCAUUUGGACAAUUUCAAAAAAAAGAUGAAAAAUAAAUUGGCCUCUAGAAAAGCAAGCAAAUACGAAGUGGGGCAAUUUUCUAUUUUCAAAGAAAGGUACAAGACCUGGUUGACUGAAGUGCAAGCUGAUGAAACCGAAGAGGCCCAUCCUUGGCAACAGUAUCGUCAAGAGCGGCCUGGAGAUGUGAAACAUUUUAGUCCCAAAGAUUCUGAGAGAUUUAAACCACGUCAUUCUUCAAGAUUUAAAGUGAAGACGUCAAUAAAGCAUAGAGAAAAGGGACACAGUUAUUGAUUAUUAUCUAAAAUAAUAAUUGUACUCUGUGAUAAAUUAUUUUUUAAUAAAUUUUGAGGAAAUAUAAUGAAUGUACAAUCCACUGAGAAAGUAUUGCAAAAUAAACCUGUUUGUGAUGUCACAUUCAGAGGUGG